UUGGUUUUAUUCAUCGUGCUGUUACUAGAAAAACACUGUUAGGUAUCAAUAGUGGGGCAGCAUUGGAUCAGUCAAAGUGCUGGUAAUUUGCUUUCUCCUCUUGCUUCUGCCUUCACUUCUGUGACAUGGAUUCCUAUUGUUUCUUGGUGAUCAUUGUUGUGACGGGGUUCUUCAGCAUCCAAGCUGAUCAGGCUCUGAGUUCUCAGAAUCUGCCAUGCAACAUAAACGAUAUGAAGGCAUUGCAGGAUUUCAUGACAGGUUUGAAGACUGUGAUCGAUGGGUGGAGCACUAAUUACUCUUCUGAUUGCUGUAAAUGGACAGGCAUAACUUGCAGCUUUUCAUCAUCUUUGAGGUUGGACAAUUCUACUGAAAGUGCGGGUAGAGUAGUAAAGCUGGAGCUUCCAAAGAAGAAACUAGCAGGUAAACUUUCUGAAUCAAUAGGAACUUUAGAUCAGCUUAGAGUCGUUAAUCUUUCUCUCAACUUCCUUCAAGGCUCACUUCCACUACUACUGUUCCAUUUGCAAAAUUUACAGGUUCUAGACUUGAGCUCUAAUGAUUUUUCUGGCCCUGUUCCUAAUCCCAUCCUUUUACCUUCAAUUAAGAUCUUUGACCUUUCUCAAAAUUCCUUAAAAGGGAAUCUUCCUGUCAGUAUCUGUGACAAUGCUUCUACACUCUUGGUGUUGAAUCUUGCAGAAAACUACUUCUCUGGUAAUCUUCCUCCAGGACUUGGAAACUGUGCUAGUUCCUUAGAGAAACUAUCGCUAAACAUGAAUGAUCUCACAGGUGGUAUACCUGAAGGUAUAUUUCGGUUUCAAAAGUUGAUUUUAUUAGAACUAAAAGGGAACAAGUUUUCAGGGCCACUUGGCAAAGGAAUUAGCAACCUCACAAACCUUGUUCAUUUGGAUAUCUCCGGUAACAAGUUUGGUGGAAUCAUUCCGGAUGUUUUUCACAGCUUUGUUAAGUUACGGUUCUUUGUAGCACAUUCAAAUAAUUUCACUGGUUUUAUACCUUCCUCCUUGACAAAUUCCUAUACUCUCACUGUGUUAAACAUAAGAAAUAAUUCGUUGGAGGGUUCAGUAGAUCUUAAUUGCUCUGCAAUGGUUAGUUUGACUUCUCUUGAUUUAGGUUCUAAUAGGCUUAGUGGACCUAUUCCUGAUAAUCUUCCUUCUUGUGAACGUUUGAAUAACAUAAAUCUUGCUCGGAACAGGUUGAGAAGCCUAAUACCAGAAAGUUUCAAAAACUUCCAUAGUCUCUCUUACCUCUCUCUUUCAAAUUCUAGCAUCUACAAUCUAUCUUCUUCGCUAAGAAUCUUACAGCACUGUAAGAAUCUUACCACUUUGGUCCUCCCCGGGAAUUUCCAAAAUGAAGAGCUGCCUGCAGAUUCCACUCUUCAUUUUCGCAAGCUCAAGAUUCUUGUUAUCGCAAAUUGUAGGUUAACAGGUUCAAUACCUGUAUGGUUACUUCAUAGCAGCAACUUGCACUUCUUGGAUUUGUCAUGGAAUCACUUGAAUGGACAAAUUCCUUUCUGGGUUGGGAAUUUUUCAUUUUUGUUUUUCAUUGACUUCUCAAACAACUCAUUGACUGGAGAGAUUCCGAAAAGCAUAACUGAUUUAAGAAGCCUCAUUGAUAGUGAUAUAUCAAUAGAGGAAUCCUCCCUGGAUUUCCCCAUUUUCAUGAAGAGGAAUUUGGAUGCAAGCGGGUUGCCAUAUAACAAACUUUUGAGCUUUCCACCCACCUUGGACUUCAGUUACAAUAAUCUGAGUGGACCUAUCUGGCCAGAGUUUGGGAAUCUGAGAACGCUACAUGUUCUUAACUUAAAAGUCAACAAGAUAUCGGGACCAAUCCCGAGUAAUCUGUCAGGAAUGACGAGUUUAGAGACUUUGGAUUUGUCCCAUAACAAACUUUCAGGGACAAUACCAGCUUCCUUGGUAAAGCUCAGCUUUCUGUCCAAGUUUAAUGUUGCAGACAAUCAAUUAUAUGGGCAAAUCCCUUCAGGAGGUCAGUUUUCAACCUUCCCAGCUUCAAGCUUUCAAGGAAAUAAUCUCUGUGGCGAUCACAAUUCUCCUUGUGAAUCAAAUGAUCAACUUCCUAGUCUGCAACCCGAUGAAUCAAGCAGAUCAAACAGUAUUAUAAACAGUGGCUUUUUCAUUGCAAUGGCUAUUGGUUUUGCGUUUGGGCUUUUUAGCAGCAUUAUUUCAUGCAACAAGAAGAUUCUAAAGUCCCUGUUGAAACUUUUUUGUAAAAAGCACCUCUACUAGUUCAAAUCUAAACUCUUGUAGUAAAGCAAUGUUCCUACCAUAUUAUAUUGUAGCGAGGUUCAAACCUGUAUGGUUAUUUCAUAGCAGUAAUUUGCGGUUCUUGGAUUUGUCAGGGAAUCACUUGAGCUGACAAAUUCCUUUCUGGGUUGGAAAUUUUUCAUUUUUGUUUUUCAUUGACUUCUCAAACAACUCAUUGACCGGAGAGAUUCCGAAAAGCAUAACUGAUUUAAGAAGCCUUAUUUCCGUGGAGAUCAUGAUUCCAGAACAAAAAGU